GAGCUCUAUCAGCCCAACUUCAUUCAAAUUGUAAACAUGCUCCAUUAAAAAAUCAAAAACAAAAUAAAUUAGCAAAUUAUUUUCUUGAGCUAUGAAAGAUUGCAAUUGGAAGAAAGGGAUUAUUGAGUGAAAUGGGGAAUUGGAGAAAUCGGCGUAGAGUUCGUUAUCAACACUAUAAAGAUCCAUCAUCAUCUUACUAUAAUCAUCACCAACCUUCUCAUCAUUAUCCAGGGUUUGCUGAAGAUGGUGUGCCUAUAUGGGAGAAGAAAUUUUGUUCUUCGAUUGGAUCAGUACCAUGGCAGAAGAUUGUAAAUGCUAAGAAGUUUUUGUACUGCCAUGAUACUGUUAUGAGAUGGGAUGAUUCUGCUAGUGAAGAUGCAUUUCAAAAAGCGAAAAAACGGUUUUGGUCAGAGAUCAAUCGCCUCCCUUCUGAAAUUUCUUUGCCGGAUCCAGAUAUGUUCAUUGAUCCAAUAAACUGGCACCCGGAUAUUGAUCCUGAAUUGGUUAAGGACUUGGAGCUAGCAUUUUUUACUCCCGACGACGAGGGAGAAAAUGAUGGCAGUGUAGAGCAUAAAAAUAAAAAGAAUAAGAACUCGGUCUCUAUUUCUUCAGAAGGAUGGAACGGGAAGGAAGAUGAAGUUAGAACUCCUUGGGAAUGUGAAAAUAAAACGGGUAUCGUAGAUUUAAAAGAUAAAAUACAGGACUGGAACAGGUGGCAUACUAGUACAAAUAAUUCUAGUCAUCUCAAUAAUAGCGAUACCCCAUGGGGCAAUCGCUCUCCGCAGGGAAAUGAAGCUUUGGAGAGCAAGACGUGGGGAACUAAUGGUGAUAUAUCUCAGGGAUGGACCCAGAGUGUAAAUAGCGUCAAUGAAGCGAAAGACUGGGACAACUGCAAUUUAAAUAAUGAUGGUAGCCCUUGGGAUUGUCGGUAUCCUCAGGGAAAUGCCAGCAACGGGGGAGGCAGUAGUAAUAAAUUAUGGGGACGGAAUCACAGUGGAAACCAGUUCAAUCAGUCAAAGGAAUGGAAUAAUAAUGGUGGCAAUCCUUGGAAAAGCAGCAGUCAGAGUUUCGGCCCUGCGAAAGACAAAGCAUGGGGCUACUGCAAUGAUCGUUCCUGGAGCACUAAUAAGCAGGAGCUCAGCAUUAAUGCUUCCCAAAGCAACUUUUCUCAGGGCGGUGGAAACCGCAAAGAUAGACAGUGGAGAGGUAAUGGGAACAAUCCUUACAGAGAACCAAACGACAUGGAAUUAAGACAACAAGGUGGUGGUUGGCGAACCUGGGAUGGGGAUGGGGACGGUCACCGUAGGCAAGAAAGCAGUCAUCUUCAUGCUGCUGGAAAUAAGCAGACAAGGUUUCAAGGGAAUGAUUUUCCUGCAAGUAAUCGCUGGAAUGGUGGAGCAACAAAGAAGAGGGUCAGUUUUGCUUACGAUUACAAUUUACCACCAGAAAUGCCACCCCAACCACCACCACCAAAACCUCAUAAACCCUACUUCUUCUACGGCCACCGUAAACCCUCCCGAAACCGCCCAGUUGUCCGCGGCGGCCUCUUCACCAACCGCCAAACGAUAAACUCUCAUAACUCCACCAAACCCUCCACCAAUCUCGCCCCAUUUGACCUCCAAAAAUGGGACCCACAAAAUUCUUCACCACCAAAGUCUCCAUCUUUAUCUCAAAACAACUCCCUUUCCGCUCUUUCCCAACGCCUCUCCCCUAUCUGCCGCUAUAUCCGCGACGCAUUCCGCAAAAACAGCAACCACUGGGGCCCACCAGUCGUUACCGAACUUCGCAAGCUCCGCCGUGUAACUCCUGACCUCGUCGCCGAAGUUCUUAAAGUCGAAACUAACCCUCAUUUAGCUUCAAAAUUUUUCCACUGGGCAGGUACGCAAAAAGGGUACCAGCAUAAUUUUGCUUCUUAUAAUGCAUUUGCUUAUUGUUUGAAUAGGAAUAGCUUUUAUCGUGCUGCUGAUCAGUUACCUGAGUUAAUGGAUUCUCAAGGGAAACCGCCGUCCGAGAAGCAGUUUGAGAUUUUGAUUAGAAUGCAUUCUGAUGCUAAUAGAGGGCUUAGAGUUUAUUAUGUUUAUCAAAAGAUGAAGAAGUUCGGGGUUAAACCUCGGGCGUUCUUGUAUAAUCGGAUAAUGGAUGCGUUAUUUAAAACCGGUCAUUUGGAUUUGGGUUUGUUGGUUUAUGAUGAUUUUAAGAGUGGUGGGUUAGUUGAAGAUAGUGUGACUUACAUGAUUUUGAUAAAAGGGUUGUGUAAAGUUGGUAGGAUCGAGGAAAUGAUGGAGGUUUUAGGACGGAUGAGGACGAAUUUGUGUAAACCAGAUGUUUUUGCGUAUACUGCAAUGGUUAGGUUGUUGGUUGGAGAAGGGAAUUUGGAUGGAUGUUUGCGGGUCUGGGAGGAGAUGAAGAGAGACAGAGUGGAUCCAGACGUGAUGGCGUAUGUGACGUUGAUUACGGGGUUGAGUAAAGGUGGGAGGGUAGUGAAGGCGUAUCAGUUGUUUAAGGAGAUGAAGGAGAAGAAAAUUUUGAUUGAUAGAGCGAUUUAUGGAGUAUUGAUUGAAGCAUUUGUGGGUGAUGGGAAGGUUGGAUCAGCUUGUGAUUUGUUGAAGGAUUUGGUGGAUUCUGGGUACAGGGCUGAUCUGGAUAUCUACAAUUCACUUAUUGAAGGUUUGUGCAAUGUGAAGCGUGUUGAUAAGGCUUAUAAGCUUUUCCAGGUUAUGGUUGAAGAGGGCCUUGAGCCAGAUUUUAGGACACUGAAUCCCAUGUUGACAUGUUAUGCAGAGUUGAAAAAUAUGGAUGAUUUUUCCAAGCUGCUUGUUCAGAUGGACAGGCUGGGAUUUUCCGUUAAGGAUGAUAUGUCCAAAUUCUUCUCUUUUCUGGUUGGGAAAGAGGAAAGGACUGCAAUAGCUUUAGAAGUGUUUGAAGACUUGAAAACGAAAGGUUAUGCAAGUGUUUCAGUCUACAAUGUUCUUAUGGAGGCACUCCUCAAAAGAAAUGAAGUGAAAAAGGCAUUAUCUCUUUUUGAGGAAAUGAAGGAUUUAAAUAUUGAACCCGACUCGAUCAGUUUUAGUAUUGCGAUUAUAUGCUUUGUUGAAGAUGGAAAUAUACAAGAGGCCUGUGCAUGCCAUAACAAAAUAAUUGAGAUGUCGUCUUUCCCUUCUAUUGCUGCCUAUUGUUCCCUUACUAAAGGGCUUUGCGAUAUUGGUGAGAUUGAUGAAGCCAUGAUGCUUGUUCGCGACUGCUUAGGCAAUGUUACGAGUGGACCUAUGGAGUUCAAGUAUGCUCUUACUAUCCUUCAUGCAUGUCGAUCUAAUGAUGCGGAAAAGGUUAUUGAAGUGGUGAAUGAGAUGAUGCAGGAGGGAUGUCGUCCCAAUGAAGUUAUAUGUUGUGCUAUUCUCUCUGGGAUGUGUAAGCAUGGGACAACGGAAGAGGCAAGAAAAGUGUUUGUAAGUUUGAAAGAGCGGAAACUUCUAACAGAAGCAAAGACAAUUGUUUAUGAUGAAAUGUUGAUUGAACACCUGAAGAAGAAAACUGCAGACUUAGUAGUGUCCGGAUUGAAGUUUUUUGGUCUGGAAUCUAAAUUGAGAGCAAAAGGAUCCACACUUCUCUCAACUUGAACAAGUAACAAAUUAUUUACUAUUCUUUUAACCUUGAUACGGCAUCCAGAAGGUCUGUUUUCGUUGCUUGUGAUUUGUGAAUCUAUCAAUAAGUGUGUUACUACAUUGGCUAGCAAAUGAGGUUGAAAUCUGUAGGUUUGGCGAGUUUACAUGGUCGAGCCAUCAAAUUUAUUCUUGCUCUGUUCAUACAGAAAGAUGGUGGAAUUUGCAGAAAUAAAAGGUGCAGAUGGAGGUGGAGGUGAACUUGCCGGCUCUCACAUUGUGUAUACUUUACGAUGGGAACGUUGAACCAGCACGAGUAAUCUGUUUAUUGUAGGUGCCAACAUCUCCCAUGGGCAGGUAUAUCAGUGAAAGAAAAGCAAAAUAAUUUCUUCAAGAUAACUUAUGGGAUAACAACGUUUGUGUGUAGUAAAAGAAUAAUAUUCACAAUGUAGCUCCAUAGCAAAGCAGAAUAGCUACCUUUGUACUCGAGGCGCACUAGAAAUUACAGGGGUUUAAGAAGUUACAAUCAGCUUUUUAUA